GCACUCGCCACAGUCUCGAUUGGCAGUGUGGCGCUCUCAUUGUAUUUCUCCUGCCGCAGCUAUCCCUCCUUGCCUGCAUCAUGGCCAAGCUUCACUGGGGUUCAGGGCUCCUGGAGAUCCCUCAUUCGAUCACCACAGACAUCGUUCGCAUUUGGUGGAUUCUAUACUGGGUUUGCUGCUGCCACUGCGAUCUCCUCGGCCGUUGGGGUAAUUGUUGGGUCCAAAUUAUCGCAGAUGACGCAGAUCCAGUCAGGAUUCACGCAAUACCCGCCUCAUGUAAAGCGCCGCAAGGUCAUCCGAUGCAAUCCGCAUCUCGUCAAAGGGUUCCUCGAUCCCAAGGAAUAUAAGAGCCUGCCACUUAUUCGAAAGGACACCCUCUCCCCAAAUGUGUUCAAAUUCGUGUUCCAGCUUCCCAGCCCACAGGACGUGGUCGGGCUUCCAAUCGGUCAGCAUGUGGCAAUCAAAGCCAAUGUCAACGGAACGACAGUCUCUAGAUCAUACACACCCACAUCAAACAAUCUGGACAAGGGCGUUUUAGAGCUGGUCAUCAAGUGCUAUCCUGAUGGGAUGCUGACGGGCCAACAUCUUGCAAAUCUAAAUCCUGGAGAUACGAUUCAGCUCCGUGGGCCUAAGGGUGCAAUGAAGUACACCAAAGGACUCUGCAAGAAGAUUGGCAUGAUUGCCGGAGGCACUGGGAUCACGCCAAUGUAUCAGCUUAUCAGAGCAAUCUGCGAGGAUGAUACUGAUCUCACAGAAAUCAGCUUGAUCUACGCCAAUCGAACCGAGGAGGAUAUCCUUCUGCGACGUGAGCUCGACGCGUUCGCUCAAAGACAUCCUCAGCUCAGAAUCUGGUAUAUGCUGGAUAGCCCGGCUCACGACUGGCCCUUUGGAAAGGGAUACGUCACUUCAGACAUCAUGAGAGACAAGCUCCCUGGCCCGUCUUUUGAUACAAAAAUCAUGCUUUGCGGACCUCCGGGGAUGGUUAACGCUUCGAAGAAAGCCUUGGCGUCCAUGGGAUUUCAAGCACCCGGUGCCGUUGCAAAGAUGUCUGAUCAAGUUUUCUGCUUUUGAGCCAAG